AUGUCAAUGAUCGUGGCACCUUUUCAGCACCACCCGACCUUCAUGGUGGUGCGCAUAAUUGUUGUCCUCCUCCAGCUACUCUCCUCCUCCUUCCCUCCACCGUCUUUUACAAUCGGCCUCCUUCCAUCGCAGCCCCCUCCAUCGGCUAUACCUCCUGCAUCGCCUCUCGCUAUCUGCUCCUCACGUCAACUCUCCCCUGCUCGUCGUCGCCUCCCCUGUGAAGCCACCGGCCGGAGACCUUCAAUAGCCACAACUCCGUCGCACCCAACCCCAGAAAAAGCUGUGUAA